AUGGCUAGAGAAAUAACCGAUAUCAAGCAAUUUGUUGAGCUUGCCAGAAGAGCUGACGUUAAGAAGGCCACCGUUAAGAUCAACUACAAGUUGAAUGCUAAGGGAAGAACCUUCAAGCAGACGAAGUUCAAGAUCAGAGGUGCCAAGUACUUGUACACUUUGAUUGUUAACGAUGCAACCAAGGCUAAGAAGUUGACCCAGUCUCUUCCACCAACUUUGAAGGUUACCCGCGCUUAA